UCCCAUCUCUCUCUCUCUCUCUUCAUACCGCCUAACCCUUUGGAUCAUCGAAAUUCCAUUCGGGUUUAUACGAGAGAAUUCAUAUUCUUUUCUGGGUUUUUGCAACCCAUUUCAUUGAACCCAUAAACUUAUACAGUCCGUAUGAUUCAUUUUCUGUUCUCUUCGUAUUGAAAUUCAAAUUGGAGAUUAUAUAUAGUCCAAUUCACGCGUAUGUUUCCGUAGAAUUGAAGAAUUCCAAUCCCUUGUACUGAAUCGAUUUCCACGUUCUCAGUUAGGGUUCCGAAAAUUCGAUUCCUGGUUUCUUUUUUCUUUUUCUUUUUUUGGCUCCGUUUCUGUUUCGAUUCUUCGAAUUCAAUUUCAAGCUUAAAAUUCUGCUCUUACGUCUGAUUUCUGGAAAACCAAAGAAUUCAUCUUUGGUUGAAUUGAAGUUCAUUUCCACGUUUUCAAUUAGGGUUUUGAAAUUUCGAUACAAGGUUUAUAUUCUUGUUAUUUUUUAUUUUUUUUUGUCAUUCAAAUUCAAGUCUACAAUUUGGUUCUUACCUCUGAUUUCUUGAAAAUCAAAGUAUUCAACUUGGUCCAAUCGACGUUCAUUUUCUCGGUUUGGUGUUAGGUUUUUAAAAUUCGAGUUAUUUAUAAGGCUUUUUGGGCUGUUCUUGGCUUCUUAUCUGUUUUCUGUUCUUUUCAUAUUAAAACUCAACUAAAGAAUUCAACUUUGAUUGAAUUGAGGUUCAUUCAUUGGUUGCAAUCUGGUCUUUGCAAAUUCGAGUUAUUUAUUUGAAGGGUUUUUGUGUUUUUUUUGGGUCUUGAAAAGUUGGUGAAGCGCGAAUGCGGUGGUUGUGAGCAGAGGGAGGGGCGUUUUAAUAAAUUCAUCGGAGUGAUGGAUUGCGGGGUCUGCGCCGCAGCCGCCAUGGGAGACUUUUGGGUGAGAAUGGGCGGUGGUGGCGGAGGAGGUGGGGGGUUCAGCCAUGAGAGCGAGCAUGAUUUGGCUGCUAUGGUGAGCGAUUUCUUGGAGAAUAAUGGUAGCAGUGGUGGGACAGAUCACUCACGCUACUGUAGCAGCGAUAGUGAUUCUGGGCUUUGCGAUCUUGCUCACCUUGCCCGCAACAUUUCGUAUUACAAGCUUUCUGUGGAUCAAUAUGAGAGUGACUUGCUGGCAGUUGUUAAUUCUCUUAUGCUGUCAAUGAGUGGCACAGACCUUCACCUGGUCAAGUCAGGUCCUUGUAAUGCCAGCUGCAUUAGGUUUUCUCUUGUGAAGCUUCUAAGGCUUUCUGGUUUUGAUGCUGCUGUUUGUUCAUCUAAGUGGCAGGGCAACGGGAAGGUCCCCGGAGGGGAUCAUGAAUACAUUGACGUGGUCAAUUACAAAGCUAGUGGAGGCUCGGAGCGUCUAAUCAUUGACAUAGACUUUCGAAGCCACUUCGAAAUAGCAAGAGCCGUCGAAUCCUACGAACGACUUCUCAGCUCCCUUCCAGUUGUUUAUGUGGGUUCCACGAAGAAGCUGAAAAAGUUCCUUCAAGUUAUGGUUGAAGCUGCUAGAUCUUCUCUUAAGCAGAACUCGAUGCCUCUUCCGCCAUGGAGAUCUCUUGCUUAUUUGCAAGCUAAGUGGCACUCUUCUUAUGAGAGACAGUUAAAUCCAGAUGAACUGAAAAGAACCACUUCUGAACAUAAGCAGUGUAUUGGACAUCUCAAGAGGCUGCAAUCUUUGGUCCAAUCUGAAGCUGAAGUGGACCGAUUUUUGAAGCCCAUUAACAGUGAAAAUAACCGGAUGCUGAAGUUUGAGGGGCGGAAGCGCUCUCCAAUAAGGACUGUUUGAUAUAUACGAAUUCUUUGCCAUGGAUUGGAUUAUUUCCUGCAUAUAAAAUACGUGGAAAUAAAAAGGUGGAAAGGUUCACAUAGCGGAUAUAGCAAUAACACGCCAUAUAUGGUGGAACAUUUUUGUUUUUCCAUCUCUAUGGGGAGUUAAUGUGUUAUUUCGUUUUCUCCUCCUGUGCCAGCGGAUGCAACAGCAUUGGGGUCUAUGGAACUGAUGCAGAUUAUCUAAACCUGUUACAGGGGUGGCUAUCCAGACCGGGUUUGUGUCUGCUUUGCCCUGGAAGGUUGUUUUAUAGAUCGUGUGUUUUGUUUUUGCGGUAAUCACGAAUUUGUUCCCUGCCCAUAACUGUGUGGUCCACUGGUCCUUGGGAGUUUUUCCUGUUCAUUGUUUCAUGUUUUUUUCCGAAAUUGCAUGGCCAUUUUUCCCAGCAGUCGAAAGGGUUGCUUGGACAAUGUCAUAUUUUUUUUCUCUUCGCCAAUAUAGUUGGUUUUAUUACUGUCA